GACGGCGGGGGCGGGGGUGGCUCCGGGGAGAGAGGCCCAGACUUUCAGGAGGCCCCUGGGGGAGGAAAGACGAAGAGAGAGUCCCCGGGGGUGGGGGGAAUCCCCCACUCCAUCCCCAACCGGGGCCCGGGUCGCGCUUGCACGGGUCCGAGCCCAAGGUGCGAGUUGCGGUAGGCAGCCCGAUAGGGUGACCAGCUUGUCCCGGGGACGUGCUGGUUUUAGCACGGACAGCAUUGCAGCCCUCCAACCGACUGAAGUGACCCUGUUCUUCCUCCCGCGGCUCCACCCAGAGUGGACCUGGGAGGCGGAGGAGGCCUCCUGACCUUUCACAUUGCCUUUUUAGUAUUAGGGUGAAGGCACCCAGCACAACACUUUCCCAGCCAGGCCCAGACAUGCCGGUCCUUGUACGGUAAAAACUUCAAUGGGAGCCUGCCUCCCUAAAGCCUCAUGGUGAAACAGCUGUUUGACCCAUUCAAACGGAAGGAUGAAAGCUCUCCAGAGGAACAUGGUGUGAAUGGAAGAGAUCUGUCAUUAUGCAAACAGUCCGGCACUCUGAACAGACACUAAAAACAGCUCUCAUCUCAAAGAACCCGGCGCUUGUGUCACAGUAUGAGAAAUUAGAUGCUGGGGAACGGCGUUUGAUGAACCAAGCCUUCCAGCCAGACAGUGAUCUCUUUGGACCCAUUACUGUGCAUUCCCGAUCAGAUUGGAUCACCUCCCAUCCCGAGGAUCCCCAAGACUUUGAACAGUUUUUCAGUGAUCCUUACAGAAAGACACCCUCUCCAGAGAAGCGCAGCAUUUAUAUACAGUGCAUUGGAUCUCUAGGAAACACCAGAAUUAUCAGUGAGGAAUACAUUAAGUGGCUCAAGGGCUACUGUGAAGCAUUUUUCUAUGGCUUAACAGUAAAACUGCUAGAACCGGUUCCUGUCUCUGCAACAGGGUGUUCCUUUCGAGUUAAUGAUAACACACGAAACCUACAAAUUCAUGCAGGACACAUCCUGAAGUUCUUAAAAAAGAAGAAACCUGGAGAUGCCUUCUGUAUUGUGGGAAUAACAAUGAUUGAUCUUUACCCAAGAGACUCCUGGAAUUUUGUCUUCGGCCAGGCCUCUUUGACAGAUGGUGUGGGGAUAUUCAGCUUUGCCAGGUACGGCAGUGAUUUUUAUAGCUCACGCUAUGAAGGCAGAGUGAAGAAGUCGCAGAAAAUCUCUCCCAGUGACUACUCCGUUUUUGAUAACUAUUACACUCCCGAAGUGACUAGUGUUUUGCUGCUUCGGUCCUGUAAGACUUUAACCCAUGAGAUUGGACACAUAUUUGGACUUCGACACUGCCAGUGGCUUGCAUGCCUGAUGCAAGGCUCCAACCACUUGGAAGAAGCUGACCGGCGCCCCCUAAACCUUUGCCCUAUCUGUUUACGCAAGUUACAGUGUGCUGUUGGCUUCAACAUUGUAGAAAGAUACAAGGCGCUCGUGCUGUGGAUUGAUGGUGAGUCUGCCGACACACCGGGCGUCACCCCGAAACAUAGUCGUGAAAAUAACGUGAAUUUGCCAAAACCUGUGGAAGCCUUUAAGGAAUGGAAAGAGUGGAUAAUAAAAUGCCUUGCUGUUCUCCAAAAAUAAGAGCCUUCAAAUAGGAGCAAUUGAAAUAAAUAACUUGCACAUCA